AAAACCCAAACACACCCGCACCCACUGCCACCACACAACGCUCUGCCGUCUUCAACUCCGGGAGCCGAAGAUGAGGCACACACACAUCACGGUGGCGGUCGCCGUUGCAUUCGCCAUCCUCGCAAUCACCGCCGCAGCGUCCACGGGCGCCACCGCCGCCGGCAGGGGGAAGCAGCAGCGCUCUCCCGGUCCUGCUUCCGGCAGCAUCGUGUACAUCGUGAUGGUGAAGCCCCCGGCCGGCGGCGUCGACAGCGCGGAGUACCAUAUCGGCAUCCUCACCGCCGCGGUCGGCAGCGGGGACAAGGCCAAGGCGGCGUUGAUCUACAGCUACAAGAACGCCAUCAGCGGGUUCGCGGCGAGGCUCACGCCCGCGCAGGUCGCCGUCCUCAGGAAAAACCCUGCCGUCAUCCGGGCGCAGCCUGAUGUCAAGUACUCCCUUCACAACAACAACAACAACAACCUCAACUGAGCAAGAGCUCCUGUUCUUUUUUAAGGGUUGUUGCACAAUAUGGAACGAGAAGCGGCACGCAUGUUCUGCACCAUGAAGAACCUGGGUUGAUCUUUCUCUGCAUACUUCAAAAUUACAUAUAUAGUGUAACGUUGCAAGAUGAUUAAAGUGUAAUUUGUUUAGAAUUGAAGCACUUUUAUAACUCUGCGUA